AAAGGUAAUACGUUGUGUCAAAAGAAAAGAGUCGUCCAAAUAGACAGACAUCGUAACUCCGACGUCAACAAACCGAACAACCCAUUCAAAAGGCUUGGAAACGUAAAAUUCUGCUAACACUGAAUCCAUUCAAUCAAUAAAUUAACAGUUCAACUACAAGAAAAAAGAAAAUCUGGAAAAAAAUGGUGAGAAGAGGGAGAAGGAGAAUAUUGGUGGGAUUAGCGGUGGCUAUGUUUUUAGGAAUAGCAGUGUAUUUCAGGCUUUGGGCUAUUCAUUACUCUAUCUCUUCUGAUGAUGCUGAGUUGCUAAGGAGACAGUUUGAUCUUGCAAACAAAGAGGCAAUGGAUGAAUCUGCAGAGUGGAGGCUGAGAUUUGAUGAAGAGGCAGACAAGGCUUCCAAGUGUGCCAAGGAACUAGACGAGAUCAAAGACUCUAUUGGAAAGAAGGGAGAUUCCACUGGCUUUGAGGAAAAAUUGAUGCUGCUGCAAAAGGAAAAUGCUGUUUUACUCGAGCAAGUGGAAACGUUAAAAAAUGAGCUUGUGGCAGAGAAACGGAGAUGUCACACAUAGUAGACAAACUUACAAAACUUCGCUCAUAUUUGGGUUGAGCACAACUUCACCUGACUCCUGUGCUUGCAACUAAUUGGUUUGGCGUCUGCGGCUUCUCGAGUUAUUCAAGUCUGGUGAUGGAACUUUUUAAGUUGUUCUCUCCCUAUGCAUAAUUUAGGCCUCGAUUUUCAUGUAAUAGCCAAUAGGUGUUUGAGGACUGGGAAUUCUCUUUCCUUGGAUGGUGGGUGGAGACUGGGAUUAGUUUCUUACAGCUUGUUGAUGCUCUAUUACUAACUGUAACUACUUCCCAUGCCUGCCGCCAUUGAACUGAUAUGAUAAAACUGAUUGAAUAUUACAUUGGAGUUGGAGCAGUA